AUGACGGAGGAAGAAGAAAAUAUCUUCUGGGUUGAGCAGGUAGAGUUGGCUGAGAAACAAGCGCGAAUUGCCCACAACAAACGUCGGCAAGCUCGAAAGAGUCCAGAUGACGAAAACGAGUUGCACGACCUCCGCAAGUAUAUCGCAAAAAAUGCGGCUGAAGUGAAAGCAGUAAAAUUGCUAAUUCACCAUGCGACGAGCGUCGCUCCUGAGAUCGACAGGCUCCUCGAUGAAGCGCGUAGAACACCGUUCACGACCCGCAUCACGGAUACUAGCGUCUCAGACCCUGUAAAAGUCAAAAUCCCUGUGUACGACGGCACCACCAAUCCUAAAACACACCUGCAAUAUUUCAAAAUUGCAAUGGGAAGAUGCAAACUGAAAGAGUGUGAAAGAGACGCUGGUUAUUGCCUCCUCUUCGUCAAAAAUUUACGAGGGGCUGUGCUCAAAUGGUUUUCUCGCCUGAAAAGAAACUCUAUCGGAAGCUUUCGGCAGUUGGCAUUCGAAUUCCUCAAGCAAUACUCCAUGUUUAUGGAUAGAGAGACCUCCGACGUAGAUCUCUGGAGCCUGUCACAACGAGAAGACGAGCCAUUGCGAGAGUUUAUGACCAGAUUCAAGUUGGUGAUGGCAAGAGUCUCCGGAAUUAGCGACAAAGUAGCAGUCGAUGCGCUCAGAAAAACCCUCUGGUACAGGUUAAAGUUCCGACAAUGGAUUUCUUUGAAAAAACAGCGUACGAUCCAAGACGCCCUCCACAAAGCAAUGGAUUUCAUCAUAAUGGAAGAAGAGAUGAAAUUCUUCUCGCAAAAGUACAAUCCGCAAAAGUCAUCCUCAAAGAAGAAGCCCGCUCGUAAUGACAAGUAUGUCCAUCACGAAGGGGAAGACGUCCAAGGCGAGCACAAUUACGCGAUCAAUUCAGAACAGGGAAAGACAUCCGGAAAUACUUGUACCAGGAACCAGUAUAAGGACAAUACCUUCUGCGAAUUCCAUCAGACAAAGGGGCACUCGACUGCGAACUGCAAAGUUCUCGGCGCUAGACUAGCCACAAAACAACUCGCCGGGGAACUAUCCAAGGUGACCGGCAUAAAGGACCUCCUUCUGAAUUCUGACCGGCCACCAAGGGCGGACAGGGAUAAAAAUCCCACAAUGGAAAAUGAGUCGCGAGAAAACCAGUCGGGAGAAAAGCGCGGAAGAAGGCAGGACGACAAAGGUAACGACCCUAACCGUCGAAGGGUGAACAUGAUCAUUGGAGAAUCGCAGUUCUAUCGCGACUCGGUCUCGUCUAUCAAAGCUUAUCAGUGGAAGGCCGAGAAAAGUGCCAACUAUUCAGUCCUGUCUCCACCUCACGAUGCCCCGAACAGCGCAAUUACCUUCGAAGACACAUAG